AUGGCAAACUUGCUGCGGACUGCGGUGACCAGCUGCUCCAGCCCUGUUUUCAGCAACUUGGGGCCAUGUAAGACGCUACCUGGAAAAGCAACGUUUUUGCGACCAUUUCAUACCCACCAGACACUUUGGUCCCAGGCACCUGUAAAACCAGGGGUCCCCUACAAGCAGCUGACAGUGGGCGUUCCUAAGGAGAUUUUCCAGAAUGAGAAGAGAGUGGCUUUAUCCCCAGCGGGCGUGCAAGCUUUGGUCAAACAGGGCUUCAAUGUCGUGGUGGAAUCAGGAGCUGGAGAAGCCUCCAAGUUCUCGGAUGAUCAUUAUAGGGCAGCAGGUGCUCAGAUUCAGGGGACAAAGGAAGUCCUAGCGUCAGACGUGGUCGUCAAAGUAAGGGCCCCCAUGGUCAACCCUGCCCUUGGUGUCCAUGAAGCUGAUCUCUUUAAGCCAUCCGGAACCCUGAUUAGUUUCAUCUACCCAGCCCAAAACCCAGACUUGUUGGAUAAACUUGCAGGAAGAAAAUCUACAGUCUUGGCAAUGGAUCAGGUUCCACGAGUCACCAUUGCUCAGGGAUAUGAUGCUCUUAGCUCAAUGGCCAACAUUGCAGGGUAUAAAGCUGUCGUACUAGCCGCAAACCAUUUUGGACGAUUUUUCACCGGUCAGAUCACAGCUGCUGGGAAAGUUCCCCCAGCUAAGAUUCUGAUUAUCGGCGGUGGAGUUGCUGGACUGGCUGCCGCAGGAGCCGCUAAGUCUAUGGGGGCCGUCGUACGGGGAUUUGACACCAGGGCUGCUGCCUUGGAACAGUUCAAGAGUCUUGGUGCUGAACCUUUGGAGGUGGAUUUGAAGGAAUCUGGAGAAGGACAAGGAGGAUAUGCCAAAGAAAUGUCCAAAGAAUUCAUUGAGGCUGAGAUGCAGCUCUUUGCCAAGCAAUGCAAAGAGGUUGACAUCCUGAUCAGCACUGCUCUCAUUCCAGGUAAAAAAGCCCCUGUCUUAUUCCGUAAAGACAUGAUUGAGUCGAUGAAAGAAGGUUCCGUCGUUGUGGAUUUGGCUGCUGAAGCUGGAGGAAACUUUGAAACCACUAAGCCAGGAGAACUUUAUGUUCAUAAGGGUGUAACUCAUAUCGGCUACACAGACCUGCCAAGCCGCAUGGCGACCCAAGCCAGCACUCUGUACUCCAACAACAUCACCAAGCUUCUGAAGGCCAUCAGCCCCGACAAAGACAACUUCUACUUAGAUGUGAAGGAUGAAUUUGACUUUGGAACGAUGGGUCAUGUAGUUAGGGGGACAGUAGUAAUGAAGGAUGGCAAGGUGAUUUUCCCAGCUCCAGUACCAAAAAAUAUUCCUCAGGGAGCCCCUGUGAAACAGAAGUCAGUAGCUGAGCUGGAAGCUGAGAAAGCAGCUACUAUUACACCAUUUCAGAAGACCAUGACUACAGCAUCUGUAUACACCACAGGGGUAGCUGGUUUGCUCGGUCUGGGAAUCGUGGCACCCACUUCUGCCUUCUCUCAGAUGGUGACGACUUUCGGCUUAGCCGGCAUCGUGGGCUACCACACUGUCUGGGGCGUGACACCUGCUCUGCACUCGCCACUGAUGUCUGUGACCAAUGCCAUCUCAGGCUUGACUGCAGUUGGUGGAUUGGCGCUAAUGGGGGGAAAUUACUUUCCCUCCUCCACACCUCAGGGUCUUGCAACACUUGCUGCCUUCAUAUCUUCCAUCAACAUUGCAGGUGGGUUCCUGGUGACCCAGAGGAUGUUGGACAUGUUCAAGCGUCCCACCGAUCCGCCCGAAUACAACUACUUGUACCUGAUCCCCACCGGGACCUUUGUGGGAGGAUACUUUGCUGCUCUCUACAGCGGUUAUGACAUUGAACAGAUGAUGUAUCUGGGUUCGGGCCUGUGCUGUGUCGGUGCUCUGGCUGGUCUGUCCUCACAAGGAACCGCUCGUCUUGGCAACGCGCUGGGCAUCAUGGGCGUUGCCGGCGGCUUGGCUGCCACCCUUGGAAGUCUCAAGCCGUCGCUGGAAUUGUUAGGUCAGAUGUCUGGAGCCAUGGCACUCGGGGGCACCAUUGGUCUGACCAUCGCUAAGCGCAUUCAGAUUACUGAUUUGCCCCAGCUGGUGGCCGCUUUCCACAGUCUUGUGGGCCUGGCUGCUGUGCUGACCUGUGUAGCUGAAUACAUGGUGGAGUAUCCCCACUUCGCCCUGGAUCCAGCAGCAAACCUCACCAAGAUUGUGGCCUACCUCGGGACGUACAUCGGAGGAGUCACUUUUAGUGGCUCUCUCAUCGCCUAUGGAAAACUGCAAGGUAUCCUGAACUCCGCCCCCCUCCUCUUGCCUGGCCGGCACUUGCUGAACUUGGGCUUGCUGACAGCAAGUGCUGGGGGAAUAAUUCCCUAUAUGCUGGAUCCUAGUUUUACCACCGGGAUCAUGUGCCUGGGCUCCGUGUCGGCACUCUCGGCUAUCAUGGGUGUCACGUUAACAGCUGCCAUUGGCGGGGCGGACAUGCCCGUGGUCAUCACUGUUCUCAACAGCUAUUCGGGUUGGGCUUUGUGUGCAGAAGGUUUCCUGCUCAACAACAAUUUGCUCACUAUCGUGGGCGCCCUUAUAGGCUCCUCCGGAGCAAUCCUCUCUUACAUCAUGUGUGUGGCCAUGAAUCGUUCCUUGGCUAAUGUGAUCCUGGGAGGAUAUGGCACCACAUCAACGGCUGGCGGGAAGCCCAUGGAGAUCACCGGCACCCACACGGAAAUCAAUCUGGACAACGCAACUGAGAUGAUCAAGGAGGCCAAUAACAUUAUCAUCACUCCAGGGUACGGCCUGUGUGCUGCUAAAGCACAGUACCCCAUAGCCGACUUGGUGAAGAUGCUGACGGAACAAGGCAAAAAGGUCAGGUUUGGAAUUCAUCCAGUUGCAGGCCGGAUGCCGGGUCAGCUGAACGUCCUCCUUGCGGAAGCUGGUGUGCCGUACGACAUUGUGUUGGAAAUGGAUGAAAUCAAUCAUGAUUUUCCAGAUACGGACUUGGUCCUCGUGAUCGGUGCCAAUGACACAGUUAAUUCAGCUGCUCAGGAGGACCCCAACUCUAUCAUUGCUGGGAUGCCAGUUCUAGAAGUCUGGAAAUCUAAACAGGUCAUUGUCAUGAAGAGGUCUUUGGGCGUGGGCUAUGCUGCUGUGGACAACCCAAUUUUCUACAAGCCAAAUACCGCCAUGCUUCUCGGGGACGCGAAGAAGACCUGUGAUGCUCUCCAGGCCAAAGUUCGGGACGCCUAUCAGAAGUAAAUAUCAGGCAGUGGGGCAAACCAAAGCUACCCCAGAAAGAAACAUGAGCAAACACCAAAGGGCAAAUUUGAUGUGUGUAUCCAAACUGAGGGGAAAGCAGGGAAGGGAGCCAAAGUUGAGACUGGUCGAAUAGUGAACUGUUUUCUCUUCAGAAAAUGAUUGACACUUCAAAUGGUUUAUUUUUUUGUUGUUGUUGUUGCCGGGUCUGAAGCACGUUCUGCAAAGAGAGAGUGUUCGGUUCUUUUUAGAUUAAUACCAGAGGAACUGUGCACCCCUUCACCCCCUUCCACACUUCAGGAACUUGUAGUGAUACGAAUAAAAUGCAGGAUUUCAGGGACUCCCAAAGCGAUAAGCCUAGAGAAAUGACAUGAUGCAAAUAUCGAAUGCAUCGGCACUGCCUCCCCCCCACCCCCAGAUGUACUCAAUUCAAGCCUUUUAUCCAUUCUGGAGUUAUUUCCUGGGUGUUUCAACCCUUUUUGCAAUUAGCGUGAUAAGUGAUCUGUUUUCCUUAAAUUAAAAUUUCUUUUGUUUCAAAUGUUGCCUUUUUUUUCCCAUUUUUCCACUUUAAAACAAAAAUGUUAGCCACCUUUGUCGAGAUCCUGGAAAGUGUUAAAUCGAUAGUUUUGGAAGGUUAACAGGAAACUGUGAAAUCAGUAUUACUUCUAUAUGAAUUUUGGUUAAAUUACCCCAAAGAUAAGAUCUUUUUAAGUUCAUCUGGUAGAUUCAGUGAAUACUCGGGCGGUUAUAGUGUGUAGUGCUGUUCUAUUUUUAUUAAGUGCAUAUGAGUGGAAUUCAAAUAUUUGACUAAUACAAUGAAUUUAUCAUGUUUGCAUAAUGAUGUAGCAACUGUCUCUGGUGACAAAGCCUAAAUACGAACAUUUUUACUUGUGUCAGAAAGUAGUAACAUCUGGGGAAGACAUACUACUGUGAAGCGAAUGAAAUGAAUCCAUCGCAAUUGUUUAUGAAAAAUGAUUUUUCACAUGACAGUGAUUCAAGAUAAUAUUGUGAUAUUGAUGGCAUUUCUUAGCUACCUCUGGGCAAAUGUAAACCCGAGUUAUGAAUCUCAUCUUUUUGAUCGGUUAGUGUGGAAGAGAGUAUCGAUCGUAUUCCCUGAACUUUCCUGUUGUGCUAAAAGUUACAUAUCAGCAUGGGUAAGUUCCUAAGGUGCACAUGAAUACUUCAAACCUGGAGAAAUUGUUGGAGCUAAAUUUUUUUCAACUGAAAUUCAAAUUAAUCUCAUAAAAGUGAUGCAGCUAGUCUGCGACUGAGAGACUCAAUAGUACUUAGGUUUCAUGUUUAAGUAGUUUUCGAUUGAGUAAACAACUUACUCUGCUUCUGUGGAAGACCAACAUUUUCUCUUAAUGAAGAGAGCCCUUCUAGUUUGAAGCGAUGGGUGGAAUUUGUUAAUGGGUAACAGGUACCACUGUUAACCUCAGGACUGUGUUUUACCGUGAAAAACCUAUUAAAAAAAAUGUAAACUGUG